AGCAAGUCUAUUUUCCAUUACAAAUAUGGAAAAAAGCUCUUCUUCACACGGCAAGAGGCCAUCGAUGGCCUGUUCUACCUCCAGCUGCCUCUCCGAUCUCCCUCUAUAUAAUAAACACAGGAUUCGGGAUUGGGAAGUACCCCUCUCUCCAUUCCAUUCCAUUCACAUUUCACAGAGUCACCAUAUAUGGCUAACGAUUGGUCAGCCCUCUUUGAUAAAAUGUUGUCUGAUCGAGAUUUGAGGGUUCGACGCAUAACUACUUCUUGGAGGCAACACUACGUGCAAUUUGCUAGCUCCAUUCCCAAUGAAAUUUUCAACCAUCCCCGGCCUCCUUCUUUCACACUGAAUUUCAACACGAGGGUUCUUUUCAGAGGAGCGCCUCAUGAUGAUCUCCUGUUGGUCUAUUCCCUGAAACCUGGUAAAGCCAAAUUUAUGCUGCACCUCCCUGGAAAUGUGGAUUUCAAUCCUCAUCGUAGGAUUGACGCAUAUUACAGGUGGGUUGACAACUUGCUUGAAAUAAAGCUGCAGCCGGCUUUCAGCCCUCAGGCCGUGAUGGAUCUCAAUGAUGACCUGACCCAGUUUCAUCUGCUGGCAGAAACACAAAUCACCCCGGCUGUUAUUAUUAACAAGGAAAUCUGCCUACCUCAGAUGGAUGUAAGGCCCUUCUAUAACAUCUGUACAGAGGAGCUCCAGCAAGCAAUUAAUGAUGGCUCGUUUAUAUCUGUUCAAGUUUUCCCUCCGGUUGAAAUGGUAAGUUAUGGCGCUGAUAUUCGCUUUGAGAAAGGCCAAGGCGUCACGGGUAUUAGCCCCCUUGAAUACUGUAAAGUUUUCAUAAACAUUACCAACUACCUUGCAAACCGCGGGGUUGCUCCCGAAUUUGAUAUCGACAGCAUCCUUCGAAUCUGGUACCGUCGGGAGUCCAAGAAGUUGAAGCUGGCGUUCACGAGACAAGGAGACGCUGAGCCCGUGGUGUUUGUCUCAGAAGACGCGGAGCUAUUGUUGUUUCCAAACUAAAAUGGCGCUGAGGACUGAGGAGGGGGAUAUCAUCCAUCUACUUAUAAUUUUAUUAUUAAUUAUAUGAAUUUGUAAAUUGUAAUGACAACUAAACUAAAGACUUGGUAUGAUUGGGAUUUAGCUGAUGUGGUUGUGAUGUUUAGUAUAUGUAUUUUAAUUUGGAUGAUGUUUUAUUCAUGUUUGAUCUCUAUGUUAUAUAUAUAUAUAUUAUGUUUGCUUUUA